AAUUCGCCUUCAUCAUGAUGCCAUUUGUGUGGUUGGCGGUCGCCUCUUUGAUCAGUGUCUACGCCUUCAACUAUCAUCGUUGCUACACGCGCAACCUCGCCGCAGCCAAACAAUCGGGUCUGCCCUAUAUUGUAGCACCAGUCUAUGUGUUCAAUAAAUUCUGGCUCGUAACACAUAGGCUCUGGCUUCCGUUACUCGAAAAACUCCCCAAAUCUUGGACAGAUCCAUGGUUACAGAUCGAGCUGACCGAUAUUCAGNNGUUCCUGGACCCUGAGUGGACUUGGUUGAAGAGACACGAACCCUUCAAGGCCAUUGGAAGUGACAUUUUCAUUGUGUGUUCGCCCGGCAGGAACUCGGUGUACGUUGCCGACCCCGAGGCAACCACACAGAUCACCACUCGUCGCAAUGAUUUCCCCAAGCCAAUCGAAAUCUACGGCUCUGUGGAUCUGUUUGGCAAGAACGUGGUGAGUACAGAAGGCUCGAUAUGGCGCCACCAUCGCAAGAUCACUUCUCCUCCAUUCACCGAGAAGAACAAUCAUCUGGUGUGGCAGGAGAGUCUGCAUCAAGCUCAGAGUAUGAUGGCUUCGUUCAUUGAUGAGAAGGCUGAGAAGGCUACUGUGUCUGAUAUUGCCGCUGCCACUAUGCGCUUGAGUUUGCAUGUCAUCAGUCGUGCUGGCUUUGGCAGACGUCUGUUGUGGCCGCACGAAGAAGUCAAGGAGAAUGGACAAGCUGGAGUCGUACCUGAGGGUCACACCAUGACUUACAAGGAUGCACUGAGCACAUUACUGGAAAACAUCAUCGCUGUGAUGCUACUACCGAGAUGGUUCNNCUUGUACACAGCAAACUCACCAAUCAAGCAAAACAAAAUCGCCUACGAAUCGUUCACCGAGUGGGGCAAGUAUAUGCGGGAGAUGUACCAAGACAAGAAGGCCGAAGUCAAAGCAGGCGAGAAGCGUGAAGGCAUGGAUCUCAUGGGAGCUCUUGUGAGCGGUGCAGGCAUCAAGGCAAACCAAGACCCAGAGAAGGCCGACACUCAACUACUCACCGACAACGAGAUCUUGGGCAAUGCCUUCGUCUUCAUCUUGGCUGGUCACGAGACUGCAGCAAAUACCCUCCAUUUCGCCAUGUUGUACCUCGCGAUGAACUGGUCCACUCAGGAAAUGCUUCAGAAGGACCUGGACGAAAUAUUUGGUGAUCGAACCAUUGACCAAUGGGAUUAUGACCAGGAUGUGCCGAAACUGUUUGGCGGCAUGUGUGGCGCCGUCAUGAACGAAGAGCUUCGAUUGAUCCCACCUGUGGUCGGCAUCCCUAAAUGCACACCCAAAGGCUCGCCACAACCACUGACCCUCGCCGGCCGCCGUGUGAUCAUACCCGAAGGCAGUGCCAUCACCCUCUGCACUGUUGGGUCUCACCGCAAUCCCAAAUACUGGCCUACACUCUGUGGUCCGAACGCCUCAGAAGCCGAAAUCGAGAAAGACCUGGCAUCCUGGAGACCUCAACGAUGGAUAUUGGAUCCUUCGAAGUCAAACUCAUCAGCAGCAAAGCAACAACAAACACAACAAUCAGAUUCUGAAGAAGACAUUGGUGGCCCACAAUCCUCAGACACAUCUUCUCAUCUCUUCAAUCCCGAACGAGGAGCUUUCAUCCCCUUCUCAGAGGGCUACCGCGCAUGUCUCGGUCGCCGUUUCGCGCAAGUCGAGGUUCUCGCUGUACUGGCCGCCAUCUUCCGCGAAUACAGUGUGGAAUUGGAUUUGGACAAGCAUGCAAGUGAAGAGAAACUUGCAGCUAUGGAUGAAACUUCGAGAAGACAGACGUGGGAUCAGGCUAGAGAUACUGCGGAAGACUUGCUCAAGCAUGGCAUGAUGACCAUCAUCACAAUUCAGAUGCGCGCUGGUAAGGUGCCAGUCAAGUUUAUAAAGAGAGGAAGUGAGAAGUACAAGUAUAAC